AUGCGGCCUAGUCUCUGUUUCCUCGCAUGCUUCGCAGCAGGCGCUCUUGCAGCCCCCACAUGGCUGGAUGAUAUAUACGACUACUCUCAAGAAAUGGCCUCAUUUCUUGGGGAGGUGAGCAAGGAGAUCGAGAAGGUUGCUAUUAGCGCAACGACCUGUGACACAUCAAAGAUUUCGCUACCAUCGUACGCCUCGAACCUCCCAUCUCCAUCUGGCUUGACGCCACUCUACGUGGCAGUUGGACGUGGCACCCAGAACUAUACCUGUGCGACCUCCUCUUCGAAUUCCACUCCCGUGGCCAUCGGCGCCGUGGCACGCCUUUACGAUGCAACUUGCAUUGCAGCCAACUACCCGACCCUGCUGGAGCAGCUGCCAGACCUGGCGUACAAGAUCUCCUUGCCCAGUGUGGAGGAGGACGCCCUCCCUCCGGCGAAACUGGACCUCCUGGGCCACCACUACUUCGAAGGUACCUCGACUCCGGUCUUCAACCUCGAUACCACAUCCACACAGCAGAAUGGCAUCGCCAUUACCAAGAAACAAAGCUCUGUUGAUGCCCCCUCCGAUGCUGUCAAGGGCAGCACCGGGGCCGUCCCUUGGCUCUAUCUCACCUCGAUCGACGGGACGGUUGGAGACUACAAGAGUGUCUACCGGGUGACGACCGUCUCGGGAGCUGCGCCAGACACGUGCAAGAACAUGCAGUCGACGUUCACGGUUCAAUAUGCGGCGCUGUAUUACUUCUACGGGGAGUCGUGA